GGUCUGCCCUGAUUCUGGAUGGGAGAAGCAGCACCACGUAUCUUGGCCUUGGAGGACUGAUUUUGCCCUUUCUCCCUCUGUCUCUAGGGACUCAGCUGGAGCCUGGCCUGGGAGCCAGGAUGGCCAUCCACAAAGCCUUGCUGAUGUGCCUAGGACUGCCUCUCUUCCUAUUCCCAGCGGCCCAGGCCCAGAACCAUGCCCCACCCGGCUGCAGCCCAGACCUCAACCCUCUCUACUACAACCUGUGUGACCGCUCUGAGGCUUGGGGCAUCGUCUUGGAGGCGGUGGCUGGGGCGGGCAUCGUGACCACCUUCGUGCUCACCAUCAUCCUGGUGGCCAGCCUCCCCUUUGUGCAGGACACCAAGAAGCGGAGCCUUCUGGGGACCCAGGUGUUCUUCCUCUUGGGGACCCUGGGCCUUUUCUGCCUUGUGUUUGCCUGCGUGGUGAAGCCUGACUUCUCCACUUGCGCCUCUCGGAGGUUCCUCUUUGGGGUCCUAUUUGCCAUCUGCUUCUCCUGCCUGGUGGCCCAUGUCUUUGCUCUCAACUUCCUGGCCCGAAAAAACCAUGGGCCCCGGGGUUGGGUGAUCUUCACCGUGGCUCUGCUGCUGACUCUUGUGGAGGUCAUCAUCAACACAGAGUGGUUGAUCAUUACCCUGGUCCGGGGUGGUGCUGAGGGUGGCCCUUGGGGCAAUGGCAGUGCCAGCUGGGCCACGGCCUCCCCCUGUGCCAUCGCCAACAUGGACUUUGUCAUGGCACUCAUCUACGUCAUGCUGUUGCUGCUGGGUGCCUUCAUGGGGGCCUGGCCCGUGCUGUGUGGCCGCUUCAAGCGUUGGCGUAAGCACGGGGUCUUCAUGUUGCUCACCACGGCCACGUCCAUUGCCAUCUGGGUGGUGUGGAUCGUCAUGUAUACCUACGGCAACAAGCAGCACCACAGCCCCACCUGGGAUGACCCCACGCUGGCCAUCGCCCUUGCUGCGAAUGCCUGGGCCUUUGUCCUCUUCUAUGUCAUCCCUGAGGUCACCCAGGUGACUAAGGCCAGCCCAGAACAAAGCUACCAGGGGGACAUGUACCCCACCCGGGGCGUGGGGUAUGAGACCAUCCUGAAAGAGCAGAAGGGCCAGAGCAUGUUUGUGGAGAACAAGGCAUUUUCUAUGGAUGAGCCAGCCUCAGCUAAGAGACCGGUGUCACCAUACAGUGGGUACAAUGGGCAGCUGCUGACCAGUGUGUACCAGCCCACCGAGAUGGCCCUGAUGCACAAAGGCCCGUCUGAAGGAGCUUACGACGUCAUCCUCCCACGGGCCACAGCCAACAGCCAGGUGAUGGGCAGUGCCAACUCCACCCUGCGGGCUGAAGACAUGCUCAGUCCCCGCAAAAUAAAACGCGAUGGUAGAUGCCCUCUUUCCUGGACUGCACGUCGUUCUGAUGUCCUCAUUCCUCUGUACUCAGUCUGGGUAGGGCCCAGCACCUUUCCCGCCCUUGUCAUUGGAGCGGGGAGGGACUGGAGGCAACCGACCUGAAGCCGUGGACUGAAUGGGGGACGCUGCGAAGCCCUGAGGCAUGUGGCGGGGGGCUCAACCCUCUUCCCAACCUCUCCUGGUCCCCAAGUGACUGUGGCUGCAAAGAGCUGUCUGCAGACACCCAGCCUGCCUCCAUCUCCCCUCCUUAACACUCCCCCUCCGCAAAUCACAGCCCCUGGGUCCCCAUACUGUGGUUCUCCACAGACCCUCCUCCCUACUGUGAACAGCAGGCCUCAGUUGCCCCUGUCUCGACACUGUGGACCUUCCCAGCCUGGCCAUCUUUUGGUGUCCAGCAGCAGCUUGCCCCACUCUGUGCCACUCUGAGUGGAUCUUCUCUAUGAGCCUUUGGAGCCAAGCCAUGGCAGAAGAUGGCCCUUGCCCUUCUCACCAGGGCCUCCUGCCACCACCUAGACUGUGGAAAGCCAUUGAGCUGGGGCAGAGCUCAGCCCGAGGCCUGGACAGACUCUGCUUCUCUUUAUGGCCCAUGGGUCCUGGAUCUGAAUCCCUUUGCACCAUGACCUCAAACCUUGCCCACCCUCAAUGAACUGGGUCCUACCAAGAGGCCAGUCCUGUCCUCUGCUUCCAACUGCCCCUCACCAUCGGGGAUGGGGACUCCCACACUGGUCACAACCAGGAAAGCUCUCCUCGUCCAGCACUACCUCAUGGAGAACUCUAUAAAGGAGUGGGGGAGUUGGCAGGACACAGGGGCAUUUGGGGCUUGGCACCAUUUACCUGCCUGCAAAACUCCUAGAACCUCUUUUCCCCUCCAAAACUGGCUUUUGGUUUCUGAAUCAGUUCAGAAGAUGGCUCCUGGGGCAGCUGCAGGUGUAAAUGCCCCUGAAUCACCUGGAUCUCACAGGUUCUGGCCAUGCAGCAGGGGCCUACCGUGGGUACCUGGACAUCUCUGGUCAGGGCCUAGAAGCACCCCUAGGAUUCUCAGGGUGGAGGGCAGAAUUGCAUUCUCAGGAACCAGUUGAGAGUCCUGGACCAGAAGAGUUGGGGUCUAGGCCUCUCCAUGACUGAGACUGUGGGACUUGGGGAGGCCCCUUAGGUAAGUGUGAUCCAGGACUGAAGAUGUGCCAUUCCUGGUGGACGGGCAGAUGUAUGUUUCUCCCUCUCCUUGAGCAGCAGACAUUCUUAGGGCAUCUGGAUGUGCUGGCACUGUUUUCAUCUCUGGAGGAGCCGCUUAUGUCCUUGGCCUUAGGACAUGCUCCAGAGGGUCCUGUCAGCCACCCAGAGAAGAGUGGGGCGUUGUCAGGACCUGCAUGGUGCUGGCACCAACGAUAGAGAUGGGCACAGCUCCAGACUCGUGGGAAUGAGAUCUCUGCAGCAUCCUCUUCCCUGGCUUUGUCCUGCCCUUGGGACCCUUUAUCGAAGGGGGUCCUCUCCAAGUGUGCCCCGGAAGCUCAGUCCUCAGCCCAGCAUCACUGAGUGCCAAGGUGCAGGGUGAAGACAAGAGGAGCUCCCUGGGGAGGUGCCCUGUAGUCAGUCGCACAGGUCUCCAACACCACCCUCCUGUCCCUAGCAGCCUGUGCCUUUGUCACUGGAGUUUUUUUCUAGAGAUAAAUUGAGUGAACAGUCCCCACAGAGUAGGACUGUAUCCCCGAGUGUGACACCGCUGCACCAUUCACUUCUUUAUUGUGUCAGGUUGCAGGAGCCCUGGCAGUGCCAGGUGGCCAGGGGCUGCAGCCUGCAGUGAACGUGGAUUGUUUUAUAGCCUGAUCCCUCUGGGGUCUGCUGGUGAGGCUUGGGAGGGAUGAGCUUCUGAAAGAAGCCUAUUUGCUGGGAUUCAGGGGUAUCUAGUGGCCCUGCUUAUUACUCUGAUCCUUGGCCACCUAGAGGAGAAGAUAGAUGUGUUUUUAGAAGGAGAGAGGUGCCUUCAUUGAGGUGGUCAAGCUGCUUCGCAAACAAGCCUUGAAUGGAAGAAAACUAGGCCAGAAGUCGCUGCAGGUUCACCAUCGGGCCGACACCUUGGUGAAUUUCACACCCACCACUGUCAAACCGCGGAGCUUGAAGCAAAGGAGUUUGGACUUAAUAACUGUGCUCAGAAUUAAAUGACCUUAUCCUUUGUUCUUGCUGCCACUGAAUUCCUGUGUGUUCAUGAAUUUUUCUAGGAUUUAUUAAAGGUAUAUUUUUCCCCCAGA